AGCUAUGACAUGAGAGUUUCAAAUGAACGUUUGACAUGGAAGAAAAGAAGAUAAAACGUGCUAACGUUUUAUCUGACCCAAACAAGAGAGAACCAAAGGAUCAGGAGGUGCUAUGGUCGCUGAUACAGAUAGCGUCCCACCCCCACACCCAGUCCCUUUAUAGCAUUGUCAAGCAGGAGAACAUACAGAAGACAGCCCUCACCAAGUUCCCUAUUGUCACACCAGAUGUUCCGUUUAUCCUGCCUGAAACUGAAGACGAGGAUAAACCUGCUUUAAACCAAAUCUCUGUGGCAAGCCUACAUUCGGUGUUCGAACUUCUACGUCAAGUUAGCCUGUCUGCUCCGGCACUGCUGUCGAGUGUGGUAUCCACUACCGAUCAGUGCAUUAAAGAUUUACCCCAAAAAUGUUUCUCGGGAAACGAUUUAGCUGCAGGUAGUUGGCUGAGUUUUCUCAAAGAUAUAAGCUUGUCAUCGACUGACAAAACAACUUUUAAAGUUUUGUUAUGUGUUGCUAUUCUACAAAACCGGGCUGACCUCAUUUUGUCAGCCAUCAGACAUACACUGAAAGCUAAAAUCUCUGAUAUUGAGACAUGCGGAGUGCUAUCGGACCUUCAAACCAGAUCACUUAGUCGCUACAGAACAGACAGAAAACUAAAUUCGUCUUCUUGGAGCACUUCUAACCUCACAAAUGUGAUGAUAAAAUUCAACUGUGGAUUUAUUCCUGAUACAGAUACGUUUCAGCAUGGCAAGCGAUGGGUUACAUGUCUUUGUCUAUAACUCUGGUGAUCUAUACAAGUUCACGUCGGGUAUCAGCGGUUCCCUUUUGGGUAAAUGUGUCAAAAAAGUGUCUAUACCGUCUACAAAGUUGGAGUUGAUCUCAGCAACUACAGUCCUUUUAGCUGUAAAGACAGGAAAGCUCUCUCGCUCUGUUGUCUCUAUCAAUAAAGAUACUCUCGUCAUUGAGAAGACCCAUAAGCUAGAUAUCGGACAAAACACGAAGUGUAUAGCAGACUCCGGAAACCUGCUUCUAGCUCAGGGCACAUGGUCCGCUGUUACACUUCAAAGUGUGGACUUGUCCGUGACUCCACCCAAAGUGGAACUGUCCGAAAAAACUCUGUCUGUAACUAACCCUGCAGUCCUGGCUUUUGGGUCUACUGGUUGUGAUAGCGAGAAGAUGUGUCAUGCUGUCGUGAAACAGGACGUGAUGGCCAUAUCCGGAACAGAUUCUUACACACUUACUAUAAACAUGGACGGCAAGUUGAAGUUCCGUGGAAAUGCUGAUGAGAUAGGAACCGGUCAGGGUCUGAUUGACAAAUGGGUGGAGUUUCCCAUUGGAUCUGUUAGCAAGUUUACAGCGAUAGCGUGUCCACACCAAGAAAAGUACGUGAUUCUCUUGUCCGAGGAUGGGAAGCCCUACAUUGCUGGCCACAUUAAACGUGGGGUGGACGGCGAUUCUUCUAAACCCAAGAAGAAACCCACCCCCUCGAAACCGAAACUAAUCGACCGUAUCAAGGACAGAGUGGUAGGGUGCGCGGCGGGGAACACGACCAGCGCCUUUGUAACGGAGUGUGGUCAACUUUAUAUGUUCGGACUAUUGGCUCAAUCAUUCGAAUCUAGUGCAGGAUUAGUACCACAGUUCAGUGUGGUAUCAGUGAAGAGCGUGGCCCUGGGGCACAACCACGCUGCUAUCCUCACCACUGCGGGAACCGUGUACACGAUGGGGAGCAACACUCAAGGACAGUGCGGCAGAAACUACAUCCACAACCCUGACCUUAACCCAGAAGAAGAGGAGAGUGACAGUGAUGAUGGUAUGUGUGAGCCGGGGACCCAUGUUUGGAGGAAUAUCCUCUGUAUGAUUUGCUUCUUCUGUGGCGAGUGUACAGGGUAUGGUGCUGGGUGUUGUAGGAACGGUGAACCUGGCCGAGAUCCCGGACUAGAGUGUGGGUGCGGUGCAGGAGACUCCGGCUGUUCAAUCUGUGGGUGCUGCAAGACCUGUGCCAAGGAGGCUCAACUCGUCCACAAAAAGAAUGCCAAGUUCAAAGCGAAACCUGAGCCGAAACCACUGCGAUUCGGUAAUGAUCAAGCAGAGGAAUCGGAAGACGAUAGUUCGAACAGUGACAAUAGCUCGGCUGACGAAGACGAGGAAGAGGAUACAGACGAAGAUGACAAACCUGGUCGAGCUGAACGCAACAGUGGUGCAGUUGAAGACAGUAAACCAGUUCACCCAGCUGAGCUGACCAAACUUCCUGCCCCCAUCAAACUGCCUGAUAGCUCUAUGGUAGUCAAACAAGUUGCCUGUGGCAUGCAUCACACUGUGUUGUUACUGGAUACAGGAGAGGUGUACGGGUUUGGUGCCAACUCCUCAGGGCAGCUGGGUAUGGGUACCCAAACCCUGGUUCCCACUCCUACUAGGAUUGAUAAUAUAGACUCCCCUGCUGAUGCUGUAGCGUGUGGUUCUACUCAUACUGUUGUGCUGGCUGGUAAUCAGGUGUUUUCUUGUGGAAAAUACAUGGACGGUCAGCUCGGCAGAUGUCCGUCCGACUUCUCCAAAGAUUCUGUCACAUCAAAAGACUCUCUCACAUCGAAGUCGUGGUAUUCGAACAUGUGUAAAGUACCAGGGUUUGGUGGCGAGUCUGAUAAGAUAGUAACUUCCGUUACAGCAGUGGGUAACAGAACCUACGUCACGUGCAGAACUCCGCUUAUCAAGACAGAACUUCACAUGGAUGACGAGGUUGAGAUAAUAGUAGAGGAUGGAAAGUUUGUACUUUGUUCUGCUACUGAAAACAAUAAAUUAUCUUUCCUUACCUCCAACGAAUCCGGACUCUGGAACUCAAAAGAGACGGGCCUGAGUCGUGAUCACGUGAUAUGUUUCGACGAUAUUUACAAGACAAUCUGGGCUGGUAACCGUAGGUCGGGGACUCUGGCAGCUUACACUUCAUAUAACAGUUCCUUCACCUCCUCUCAUACUAACCCGUUGUCGAUGAGGGAGAGCCUGCUACCCCACGUGAAAAGUGAAGUAAACAAGGAAGCUUUAUGUUACGGUCUGAUAUGUCACGUGAGCAAUCUAGCCAAUCAGGUAGCUACUCAGGAUAGUAAGCAGGGACUCAGUGCUCAGGAGGAACUUCUCUCUGUCUGCAAUAGAUUCCCUUCGUUCGGUGGUGGUUGGGGUUACUCCCAGAAAAGUGUAGACGCUAUUCUCAUGACAACUGAUACUGACAUUCUCCUCAGUGGUUUAGGUUUGUAUGGAGGUCGAGGUAACUACACAGCCAAGCUCAAGAUAUUCGAUAUCGGAUACGGAGGUCCGGAACCGGACGAUGGUGACCUCAUAUUUGAGAUGCCCAGCUAUAACUUCACUUGCAAACCCAAGUCGACACACACCGUAUGCUUUGAUGACGCGGUCAAUAUAGUUGCUGGAAACUGGUACAGAAUCACCGCUAAGGUAGAGGGACCCUCCUCGGACUGUGGUAACAGCGGUAAACGUGAGGUAGUAGCAGACGGAGUAAAGUUCACCUUCAGAUCCAGCAAAAGGAGCAACAAUGGAACUGAUUCCGGGAGUGGCCAAAUUCCUCAGUUCCUAUUCAGACGGAAGGAGGCCGACUCUAAAGACCCGUUGUCCAGUAACGUAGAUGCCAUGUCACUCGGUAAUUGGGAGCUUGGACUGGAUCAUCUCCUUGGAAUUAUAAAACUAAGCUUCACCGCUCUGAACACUUACAUCAUGACCAAACGAAGUGAUGCUGGGAAAAUCAACAAAUCUGCCCUCUCCCUGAACCUUGCCAACUCUGAUCUCUCCCUAUUUUCAAACAUCAGCAUUGCCAGCAUUAUCAGCGACCACAGCUUCGACCCUAAACAAAGUAGUUUGGAGUGUAAAUUAUCAGUCCCUAUCAGCAUGCUGAACAACUUCCUGACGGUUUCCCCACAUCAACAAGAAACCACCGAAAAGAGGCGGCUCCUGAAGGAAUGUCAGGAUUUGUUGUCAGGAAUCCUUCAACUUCCCGUGUCGAGUGACUCCUUGUUAGUUAAGAAAGUUACCAAGGUGUACAGCAAACAUUACCAUCUCUUUUACAAGUCACCCCAGCACAUUUGGGCCAGUUUUCUGUCUGCGUUUCAGUCGUACAAUGAUAAGGGGGAGAAGUAUGGGAAUAUAUUGAGGACUAUACUACAAGCUAUGUGCUAUCAAGGAAGUGGCAUAACUAAUGAACUGUUCCACUACGGAACACUAACAGGGAUGAUAAUGCCUCGUUCCUCCGACAUGUCCCUGGGUUCUCAAGAUGGAGGGUUGGACGAAAAUGUCUCCCUGGAUCAGACACUUUUUGAAACGUUGAACAAUGUCAACUACAGAACAGUCCUGGGGAACGUUGUGAGCCUGGCUAUGUCUGAUACAAGUGCCGGCUUAUCAGCCAGGAAUCUCUUGAAGACAAUUCUUCAACAAAUCGUCCUUGCGUCUAUGGACCUCUUCAAACCUUUGUCUGUUGCUGUAGAUAAGGAAACACCCUCAAGAUUUUCCUCCGUUAACAUUUCCUCCUGGAACCCAAAAGCUAAGCCUGAUGUCAUCUCCUUUAAAGUUGAUAACCCCAAUGUGUUCCUGAGCGGUAUUGGGAUAUUUCAGACGAUAAAAGAUACAUCAUGUGACGUUGAAGUGUUCGUGAAGGACAGUCAAGACAAGUGGAAGACUGUCCUCAGUCAUGCGGGUCAGGUCAAGAACUCCCAGGCAAAAGGACACUUUUGCCGGAUAAACUUUAAGAAACCACUUGCGCUGAAGGCAGAAAUGCAGUACACAGUGAAAGUUCAGCUGUAUUCCCAGUCUAUCGCUCAUGGCAACUCUAAGGUUCCUCUGACACAAGUGACGGGGACUGACGGUGUCGUCUUCACUUUUUACGACUCUGUACUAUCAUCAAGUGGAACCAACGUUUCUGUCGGUCAAAUUCCUUUCCUCAUCUACAAAACACAACUAAAUCAAGAGGUGAAAGAAUGUGACAGUAACGAAAAGUAUGAGAACGUGACGCUACAACUUAUUGAACUAAUAUCGACCUCUUUCAUUAGAGCCAUCGAGGAUAAACAUCUUAAAGUUCCAGUUGCACUUGCAUGGGCUGAAGAACACGGUUCCCCUCUAACGCCGUCUCCCGUCCCACACGAGUCGGAGCUACUUCUUCCUCAGUUCAUGGCAACAGCCAUGUCCUACACAGAGUUAAUACUGCUCAACAAGGGCACUCCUAAAGCUAGCUAUUUGCUCCUGGAGAAUGUUCUUAAACCUCUUUUAUCUGUUCUUUCUGAGCACAACUUCAAGAAGCGAACAAAGGAGCAGGAAGCAGUGGAGACAGUGAUAGUUGAGAGCAACCACCCGUACCCUGAAGCGACUGUGCUCCACUACCAGACUGUGUUGUCUGACUCUGUCUCCUGGAUGGUGGCGGAGUUCAGUCCUGAGUCUGGGAUUGGUCCUGAUGAUUGUUUGGAAGUCUACGUGUCCGAGGCAUUGUCGAAAAACAGCAGUGCAUUCCUCAACUUGGCAACCAAAAAAGGUGGUUUCAGUCCAAUACUUACAUUAGGAGCGUCAAAAGACUGGCCCAAACGUGCUUUGUUACUUCCAGGUAACCAAAUAUCCUUCCUCCUCCGAAGCGUAACAAAGAUAAACAAGCAGCAGCUCAACGACUCUGACUGGGGAUUCUGUUGCAAGAUAACGGGCUACAAGUUCAAGAAGGAACGGAGAACUCUUCAUCAUCUGGAGCACAUUCUAGCGGACCUUGCUGGGAGUUGUGUCAGGGUCAUGAUAUCUCCUUGCAAUAAUUCGCUUCAGAAAUUGUCACAAGAGGGUCAGUACGCUUUUAAAGCUCACGCUAAGUUGCUGUCACGUGGUCUUUACCUAAACUCACUUCCUGAUUCAUACGGUGCUCUAAAGAAACGGUCUUUUCUGGAGGAAGAGCCCAAGAAGAUGAGGUUCCUCAAGGAUUUUAUGGGUGGAAACAAAUCUACUAGUGGAGGUCGCCUUGCUUUGUGGAUGGACCCAACAGAGUCAGUGGACAUAACAAAAGCUCACAUUGAGAUAGGAAUAUUUGAUGGGGAAGACAAGCAUUACGUGGGGAACAUCUACCCAGUCGUCUGCUGCAUCCAGAGUGCCAAUAACAACAUCAUCUUCCCUCUAGGAGCCAAGGUAAACAUAGCAGUGGCUAGACUAGGAACAGAGGAGGAAAGUAACUCAGCUGGAUCUGGUGAUUGCUUUGAAGAGGAACGGUUUAGCAUCUCUAAAAACUUGAGGUUACCGACACUGAUAGAUGCUAAGUCGUACAAUAACGGGUUCUACAGUAUAACCUGGAAACCUGUACAACCUGGAACCUACGAGAUGACAGUGUUUAUUGACGGUUCACCGAUAGGAUCCCCUGCGAAGACGCAUGUAGUUGAGAGAACAAAACCCAUGAUAAAAACCAAGAAAUCAGAGCAGCUCCUUGAGGAUUACAAAAAGAAGAGGAAACACGCCACCGACUCAGAGUCAAACGUGGCAGAAAAGAACACAACACUUGAGUACGAGGUGGUGAAGUGUGGUGCCGCCGGACACACGAUCCGAGGUGCCAUGUCUUCCAGUGCCGCUCCACUCGGCAUGGUGGCUACCGGACAAACCCUCCGUAUUACUCGCACUGUGCAGAAUAGUGAGGGACUGUGGGGGACGUUGUCAGAGCGCUCACUGGAGACCUACUGCAGUGUGAAGUGUCCCUCUGCAUACACUCUUAUCUCCUCUCCCUUCAACAUCUUCCUUAGUCCCGCCAGCAACUCUGAUCCUAGCCAGGUUUACAUCCUACGUACAACGAGUGGAGAGGAGCCCUUCCCUCCGACUGUAGUGUUCGAUCACGGUUCCAGUUCUAGUGCUCCUAAUCCGAGCGGCAAAUCAGCUGACCCCGUUCCUGCCAAAUCAGAAUACAGUAUUUCCUUCCUGUCAGAAACAUCUGAUCUUGUGGAUGACAUAGAAGUGAAGUGUGUCAACUCAAAGUCUCUCACUAAUACUAUCCGGACAGUGUUUGCAGCUUAUCUUUGGCACUAUGGAGCUGUUGAUGAUGCCAUGGCAGCAGCAGCUUACAUCAAGUUUGAAACUGCUUCACCAAACGGUGAAAGUGAUCAUCAGGAUCAGCUGAAAAGACACAAAAGUCAACCCUCGAAGAUUUAUGAUACUAAGUUCAGUGUGUUAAAAUCUGGUCCCGCACGUAAUCCAACUGGAUCCUGCAAGAAACGGACUAGCAGUUACACAACUCAGCGAACUUCAGAAUGCGGAGAGGAAGCUACGGAGAGUGUUUCAUCACUGAACAUGCUCUGUUCACUGUGGGACUCCGUCAAGGAUCUCAUCAUGACUUGUGCCACUACCAAGAUUAAGCCACCUCCUCCAAUUACUGAUGAAACUAACAAAGAUAGCUCAAAUAGGCCAAAGAAAAAACGAUCUAAAAAGGGUAUAAAGACAUCACAGACAGAUAACAAGGUGGAAGAGGAGAAGGAGGAGAAGGAGCAGUGUGAACUGUGUGGGGAGAAGGUCCCUCAUCCUGUUACCUACCACAUGUCCAAACAUCACCCCGGCUGCAAAUCUAACUGUGGUGGUAUGGGGUAUAACGGUAAAGGUAUCUACUGUAACGGCUGGUCAGGACUGUGUGGUGACGGUGGGAAGGGUCUCUGUACCUGGUACUUGCUCUGUAGUGAGUGUGUUGAGACCUAUAAGCAGGAACCUCUCCCUAAUGACGAUGCCAACAGAGACGCAGUGUACCCUAUAGAAGUCACCCCAAACCUCCCAACCGUCUCCACAAGCGAUCUGGAGGAGCAACUCAGUAACACCUACAAGAACGCUCUCUUCCUCCUUUACCUUGCCCCAAUCAAGGAGGUGUCCAGUCCGGAUAGCCUGGAUUAUAUCUCAUUCCUUGAAGAGGCUAUGGAUACGGACGUUGAAUCAACAAAGAACAAGUUCCGGUCCCUCCAGCUGUGUGACCCCUGCACCACCUGUCUCUCCCCCAUGACCCCCAUGUCUCCCUGUAUGAGUUCCCGGCUCACUGGUACCUCGGGGGUAUCCCUCGCUGGUAAUAAGAUGCAUCGCUCUAUGUCAGUUAACGUCCUUCCCAGCAGUAGGGAGCACCGCCAAAGUUCGGGACCAAAGUCACCAAACCGCCCGAAAUCUGCCAAAAUUCGGCAUGAGGUGGAAGUGGGACAUAGCUCCGGCUCCGCCCUUACCAGCAUUGUAGAACCGAUCAUGAUAGCAUCAUCACAGCACAUUAUGAACCGCAAAGACAGACCCGUUCAGAAAUCUCUUUCCAUUGCCACCAUUCCAAGGAAGGGGAAAUGGAAAGAUGCAAAACGGACGAAUAUUUUACAAAAUCCCUCGCCUCAACUGCGGAAGUUAGCUACAGUCAUCUCGCUGGACCGGGGCUGGUUGUUUGGGUUCAUGUCUCAGAAACAACCACUACAAGACCUGGAAGAAGAGCUGAUAAGAGGUGUCGAGAAAGCGUGGCUCGUCUCACAUGGCUUACAAGCAGCAGAUUGGCUACUUAAGACUGUGUCCUCACUUCCUAUAUUACACAGUGUUCUUUGGAGACUGUAUAUGGGCCUCCUAUCAGAUCCCUCCUCAUCAGAAGCUAGACAGAAGGGGGGCCUGCUCCCAAUUUGUCAGCAUCCUAUCAGCAGCAGUAUCAGAUGCUACGACAGCUGUGUCAGUGCUGCCUUUAGAGGUGUCAUGCAGUCAUUAUCUGACCUGCUACCUCGCCUCCCAGCUGGUUCACACAUUCAGAAGGUAGCAAUAUCAUGUUGGAACCUGGAGUUCCGGCCAGAAGACCACAAGUUCCUUCAAGACUCUCAAGUGUUCAGCCACAUUCACCGUCUACUAACAAGUGCCAGUAGACGAGAGAGUCCGACCCCUCUUCCUACUUUCAACAGAUCUGUAGAGAUUGCUAACGUGGCGGAUGUUGAGCUGACGGUCUCCUCUAGAGAUUCCCUCAUACCUUAUCUUCAUGAUAAGAAGACCGAUACUUUCUGGGAGUCAGGAGACAAGGACAACUGGAUUGGCAUUAAAAUACCCUCCAACAAAUCCAUUCAUGCUCUGGCAGUUCAUCUGAACAAUGAGGAGGAUCGAGGAUUCAUCACAACAAAAGUCUCUCUCAAAGUUGGGAACCAGCCAAAAGUCUUGAAAUUACAUUCGAGUAAGGACUUAUCGACGCGACAUAAUGGAUGGCUGUGGUUUGAGGUUUCUGGAUACAGUCAUAUCGAGUUGGAAUUCACAGCUAAGAUAGAUCACGUGAGAGUGAGACAAUUAGUGGUGUUCGGUGGAAUGGAGGAAGUGGCCCCUACCAGCGCUAUUCCUUCUUGUCAGCAGUUCGCUCUUCAAGUGUUCAGGGUUUUGACGAAUGAUAUUCUGAAGAACAUCACUAAGGACGUGUCCAAGGAAGAAGGUGAAGUAACGCACACCUCCGCUGACUUACAAGAACAUUUGGUUUCGAUACUGUUUGAACAGUCCCACCUGACAGAAACUCAGAAUAAAGUGUUAAUGCACGUAGUCAGCGCUAUUCGGAAGCAGACCUUGUCAAUUGCUGAUAAGAACUCUUUUAAUGACGACUACUGUUUCGAACUACUUUCUUUAGUCUCAGCGCUUAGCGGCUCAGCAGAAGGGUGUGACAACCUCGUGAUCCACGAGUCUCUGAUCCAAGACGUCUUCAAACUGCUGCACAUGGGCACCAAACGGAUACAGAGACAAGUCAUCUUGUUACUCCGCAGGAUAUUAUCCCAGAUAUCACCCGAUAAGCUAUGUUCUAUCACCAACACUUGCAUACCACGCUUCCCUUAUGAUGAGGAUACUGAUCCGCUCAGCUCAGGCGCAAGUCCUGUAAACAGUACCGUGAAAGAUGCCGGAGAUAAACAAAGUCAGCCUAAAAUGACUGUGUUGAAUAAACUACUCGCGUACAUCAUGAAAUCUAUCGUUCUGAUAGUGAAGAGCAAAGGCAAGAGGAGCGGUGAGGGUGCUACAAUGAAUCUAGAACACCCGGACUACUGGGUCCGGGGAACCGUUGCUGCGGACCUGGCGCUGGAAGUGAUGAUCUUACUCCGGGACAUGUCCCAGGGGAACCUCGGGGAGGAAUGGAAAGAAUGUUCUAGACUCUGCCUGGGUUACAUUGUUUUCUGUUUGACUCACAUACCUGACGACUGUAGGUCGGAGGAGAAAGUAGCUCAGAACAGGGGGUUGUGGUUAGCACUGGCUGCUCUGUCCGUCAUGGAGGAUAACUUGGCGUCAUCAGUCACUGUUACCAGGGACGCGAGUGUAAAGGUCGAUUACUGUGAGAACCACGAUGACAGUCGAACAAAAGCUAUUAUCUCCUGUAACAAAUGCGGGUACUUGUGUACUGAGUGUGAUAAGUAUCUUCAUCUCAGUCGCAAGUCAAAGGCUCAUCAGCGCCAGGUAUUCAAAGCAGCGGAGGCGAGUGUUGUUAUUAGUAAACAUGAGAACAUGUGCCGUGUCAAGCUGUACUGGAUGACCGCCGCGGUUGACACCCAGACCCGCCGUGCGGUUAUAGAGUUUAAGAACACCUACAGUACCCAGUCGGACGCCUUUAUUUGCAGGUUCUGUAAUGAAGCAGGUGAGCCGAGUCCAGAGGGUGGAAGCGUAUGUAAGAACGAGGAAUGUAACUCUAAGUUUAAAGUGUCCUGCAAACAAACCUUGGAAUGUGGACAUCCUUGUGGAGGUAACACAGGUGAAACAACGUGUCUGCCAUGUUUAAAGAACUGUAGUGGCACAUUAAAACAAGAUGCCGACGAUAUGUGCGUCAUUUGCUUCACAGAAAGUUUGGGAUGUGCCCCCUGUUUACAACUAUCUUGUGGACACAUUCUUCACAGUCAGUGUAUAUCCACGGUGGUUACCAACAGAUGGAUUGGACCCCGGAUAGCAUUUGGUUUCCUGCACUGUCCCAUUUGCAAGGGUCUGUUAGUGCACGAGUUCCUGGAUGAAAUGUUGCAAGAUCUACAUGUCCUUAUGGAGGAUGUCAAGAAGAAGAGUGUCAUGAGACUUAAAUACGACGGACUUUCCUUUGAUACGGAGGAGGAAGCGAUAGAGAACGCAAUGAACAAGUACGCGUACUAUCAGUGCUUCAAGUGUAAGAAAGCGUACUUUGGGGGAGAGGCUCAGUGCCAGGCUGAUGCAGGCGACGACUUUGACCCAGAAGACCUGGUCUGUGGUGGCUGCAGUAAUCUCUCACAAGAAGUGUGUCCUAAGCAUGGUACUGACUACCUCGAGUACAAGUGUCGGUAUUGCUGCUCAGUGGCCGUGUACUUUUGUUUCGGAACUACCCACUUUUGCACCCCGUGUCACGAUGACUUUGUCCGGUUGCGGAGUCUUAGCAAGGAGUCUUUACCUCAGUGUCCAGUGGGACCUAAAUCUACCCAACUUGAGGGGACCUGUCCGUUAGGACUAGAUGAUCACCCUGCUACCGGAGAGGAGUUUGCUUUGGGCUGCGGGGUCUGCAGGAACGUACAGACUUUCUGAGAUCUCAAACACAAGGAAAGUUUCUCUGAAACACAUCGAAAUUCUGUGACCAAGAUAAGAGAUUGAGAUAUAACGAGAAAUGAGGUAGCAACAACUGAUCAGAGGUAUGUUUGUGUACGACGUCACAUGUGAAUCUGUCCAUGGACUUUCAGGCAAGGGUUUAGUUAUAAAUUUAAUUGAUAUCAUAGAUUAAGUUACGUUUGCGUUACAUAAACAUUUGUAUCAAUUUGUAUUGGUAAUGCGAUACAGCUGGUAUAUAUAAACUUAUCGGAAUAUUAUCGACACCAUUACCUGUCGGUAUUACUUAGUAACGGGUAAAAUUCUAAAUAAUCAGAUUAUGAAUUAUGAUAUUAUGUUGUUGUGAGCCCACAUAUAUUUAAUAUUGGACGGGAUGCUUUUUAUCUUUUUCUUCGAGAUUUUAUACCCAAUUAAAGUAAUUGAUUGUAUUUUGUUAAGACUUCUAUUUUGUAAUUUUGUAUCGUUA